UUGCACAAGGUUGAACCCUAUAAGCAUAAAGAUUCCAGACAAGUUGAACCCUAUAAGCAUAAAGAUUCCAGACAAGUUGGACCCUGUCAUCUUAAAGAUUCCAGACAGGUUGAACCCUAUAAGCUUAAAGAUUCCAGACAAGUUGAACCCUAUAAGCUUAAAGAUUCAAGACAAGUUGGACCCUGUCAUCUUAAAGAUUCCAGACAGGUUGAACCCUAUAAGCUUAAAGAUUCCAGACAAGUUGAACCCUAUAAGCUUAAAGAUUCCAGACAAGUUGAACCCUGGCAUCUUAAAGAUUCCAGACAAGUUGGACCCUGUCAUCUUAAAGAUUCCAGACAGGAUGAACCCUAUAAGCUUAAAGAUUCCAGACAAGUUGAACCCUGUCAUCUUAAAGACUCCAGACAGGUUGAACCCUAUAAGCCCAAAAAUUCCAGACAAGUUGAACCCUAUAAACUUAAAGAUUCCAGACAAGUUGAACCCUAUAAGCUUAAAGAUUCCAGACAAGUUGAACCCUGUCAUCUUAAAGAUUCCAGACAAGUUGAACCCUGUCAUCUUAAAGACUCCAGACAGGUUGAACUCUAUAAGCUUAAAGAUUCUAGACAGGUUGAACCCUAUAAGCCCAAAGAUUCCAGACAAGUUGAACCCUAUAAACUUAAAGAUUCCAGACAAGUUGAACCCUAUAAGCUUAAAGAUUCCAGACAAGUUGAACCGUGUCAUCUUAAAGAUUCACGACACAUUGGACUCUAUAAGCUUAAAGAUCCCAGACACAUUGAACCCUUUAAGCUUAAAGAUUGA